CGAAUCGGUGCUGAAGACUCCUCAACCUCCCCUCCCUCCUCAACCAUCGUCACCGGCAAUGCCUGAGCUUCGGGUCCUCAUCGUAGGGGCUUCUAUCGCCGGCCCAUGCGCAGCCUACUGGCUCGCCCGGUCUGGCUGCAGUGAGGUGACCGUCAUCGAGCGCUACCCCUCUUUCCGCAGGGGAGGACAGAACAUCGACAUCCGCUCGUACGGUGUCGCUGUGAUGCGUAAGAUGGGCGACAUGGAGGAACGGGUACGAAGCAGACUAGCGCCGUUCAAGGGUCUCGAGCUCGUCAACAAGACCGGACGGGUGCUCGCCACUAUGCGUGCGUCGGGAGAUGCAGAUCGGCAGGCGUUGGUGUCCGAGUUUGAGAUCUUCCGAGACGACCUAAGCGAGAUCAUGUACGACCUUUCGCUCGAGGCCGGAAAGGGAAAUGCGGGCGAGCCAAACAGGGUCAGGUACGUGUUUGGCGAACAGAUCUCUUCCCUCGCCCAGCCUGCUGGAGAGAAUGGGCCCAUCAAGGUCGAAUUUGCAAACGGCGUUCUCCAGCCGUCGGAGUUCGACCUGGUGAUAGCCUGUGAUGGCGCGACGUCGCGCACUCGAGCGCUGGGCUUUCACUGCAACGUCAGGGAUCACAUCGAGUCAAUCGAUGCGUGGGGUGCAUACUUUAGCAUUCCUAAAUCCAUUCUGCGAGAUGGCCAGUACGGCCAAGGCUACAGUGCAGUGCCUGGACGCUUUAUGGGCGUUGGUCCCGAUCACGACGGCAAGACAAAUCGCGUCGCACUUGUCGGUAUCCAUCCCCGCACAAGCGAGACCGCCCCACGUAUGGAAGAGUUUCGACAGGCCUCACGGAUGGGCACCGAGGCUACCAAGACCUUUGUCGCCGACGUCUUCCGCGGCGCAGGAUGGCAGACUGAGCAGCUGCUCGAACUUAUGGAGAAAGCCGACAACUUUUAUGCCUCGGAGAUGGUGCAAGUCAAGAUGCCGUCUCUGUCCCAAGGCCGCUUUGUCCUCUGCGGCGACGCCGGAUACGCCGCUGGUCCGACUGGAACCGGUACGAGCCUGGCGAUGCUUGGUGCCUAUAUCCUAGCAGGCGAGGUAGCCUCCCAUAGGAACGAUCUUCCGAGUGCCAUCAAGGCGUAUGAGGAACGUAUGCGACCGGUGAUCACCGAGUCGCAGAAGAUCCCAAGCGGAAUGCCAGGCAUCAUGGCUCCACAGACGACAUGGGGCUUGAUGCUACGGAACAUCAUCUUUGUAGUCCUCUGUAACCUUAUGGCGCUCGGAAGCUCGUUGCCUCUCUGGCUGGGCGGCCUCUUCUCCAUUGCGUUUGGCAACGCACAUGGCACUAUCAUACCCGAGUACGAUUGGGGCUCCUAGUGUCCGGCUGCUGUUGCUGCUUUUGCUCCCCCUGCCCCUUUCGCAGGUCCAUACCCACAUUUCUACCAACUUGAUCAUACCAAGUAGACCCUGCCGCGUCAAGUUUCUAGUCAUCGCGUAAAUGUGCGAUCUUGCACCUCGAUGACUUCUCUGCCCUUUUCCUUCGUCUGAAGAACCCUUUCGACCGUUGUAGCCUCACCAAGGCGCAGGAAAAAGCUGUGUUUGACACCGUUGUAGCUUCACCAAGGCGCAGGAAAAAGCUGUGUUUGACACAAUUGUAUGUCACGGAGUGGAUGCAGUAUGUUCAGGAAUGCAGGAACAAAGUUUUCUCUCUACUAAGCAGAGAUGCAGGCAGGUCCUCGCCUCCUCCACCCCCACGUCGAGCGGCAAUCUUCCUGUUUACCGUGCG